GACAGGGGGUCCAAGGGUCCAAGGCGGACGGGGUCUGUAAAAGAAAGCUCGGUUCCUGCACCGUCAGCAACUCAGCAUGCCGCCGGGGGGUUUCACGCAGGAAGGCGGGGACGAGCGCAAGAGGGAGCAAGCCGCGGCGAUCGAGUGCGGCGGUGGCUACAUGACAGCUGACUCAGAUGUCGCGUCUACCUGCUGGCCAUGUGCCUUGGCUGCUGCGCCACCGCUGCCGCCCAGCCAUCUUCCCGCCUCAUCAAGGGCGGCCUCUGGGGGCAUGUGAGACGCCUUGGCCGCGCACUCGGGCAUCAGAGCAGAGGAGGAUACAGCCACCGCCCCUUCCCGGCCUUCGGAUUGGGGGGCGGCCCAUUGUCGCUCCCGAUCGUCGCGGUGCUGCGCGCGAAAUCCGGAUCGCCAUUUGCCACUGUCAACGCCUGCCAGUGCACCCCCCCCAUGGCCACCAGCUUAUGGCCCACAAGGGAGUCACGGUCACCUUGACCCCCCAACAUCAUCAACCAUUCAUACUGGCAGCCGAUAAUCGCUCUGCACACACAGUAUUGGUUCACACGUUUCUCACUCGCGCACUCUCAGUCGCCUUCCUCCUCUCCAUUCAUCAUCUUCGUCGAUUUGCGCACCUAAAUCGGCAACACUCAAAAUCCAGUAGCCUCUAAGUCCCUGCCUGGUGUAGGAGCUGCCAAAGAGACUUAUUCGACCAAUUCAAACGGCCGCUUCCAAAGCUUACACGCUUGGAGCGGACGACUCAGCUGACGGCUCAGUCCUCCAAGGAUACUACGUUGAACGAGAUA